CCUACCUCUCGAUUUCCUUAUUUCUCUUUCCUCGCGUGCCUGCCGAUAUAUAGUGUAGUACCGCACCGUGCAAAAAAGGUACAUCGCGUUUCUCGAGUGCAGAAAGAGCAGCGCGUGUGAACGCUUCGCGAAAUCGAUCUUUUGGUGCGUCUCGCUGUGUUCGUCGUGAGUUUGAAUCUGGGAGGAAUUCUCGUCUCGCGUGACGCAGGGCGCGCCUCGCGAGAGGGGGCGGGAAACGUCGUCGGCAGGACGCGUUACGAAGUUGAAAGGUCGCGACGUCGUCCCGUCGCGAGCGUCGUUCGUUGCCCGCGUGGGAUAUCGUAACGAGAGAUCGCCCAACAGGGAACUGUCAUUCCUCCCCUCCCCCAUUCCUCCGCGUUCAGUAUGGCGCCUGUGUUUAAAUCCAACGGUCAAAGUUAAAGGAUACUCCCCGUGCGCUGCGACGCGAGCCACCGUUUCUCUCAUUCAUUCGGUGUCCUUUCAAGAGUCCCCGUGCGUCCUUUCGAGAAUCCUCGUGAGAGUGAACGAGGAAGAAACUGCGUGAGCCUCGGCGAGACUUCGCCCCCUACGAGAAAGGUAGCGUCCUUCACGAAUGCAGCAGACAAUGGAGCCCUUCGUUCAGCGUAUGUUGGAACGUGCUAAAGCAAGGAGAGAGAGAUUAGACACACAAUUGUCGAGUGUGGGACAUGAUGUUGUAAGGCGUAGUCCUUUGAAAGAUGCAAAUGCCAUCCUGGCGCAAGUUACAGCAGCGACAAACGUAAGCCCGACUAAAACAUCGCCAUUCAAAUCACCGAGUAAAACAACGAUAGAUAAAACUCCAGUCAAACCUCCUCGAAAGUCUCCUCCAGUUAAGUGUGACACAUCUGAGAAUUAUGAACAAGUUGACAAAGAGAACGGAGACUUUGAGAGUUGCAAAGUAAGAUCCAAGCUGCAGAGACUUGGAAAAUUGUACUCUGAUGAUAAUUGCCACGAGUUAAGCUCCCCUAUACACAGGACUGAGGAAAAGUUCAAUGCAGAAGAUGACACGGAGCACAACAAGCCGGUGAGGCGAGGUGCUAGACUUGACAAAUUGGCAGCUUUAGCUUCAACGAUCAACAGUUGGGAAGAUGAUUUGUCCCACCCAAAAUUGACAACCAAACCAUUAGACAAUAAAGUUGAGAGAAUACAAGCAAAGUUUAACGAACAAGUCAAAAGCGGAUUAGAGUGCCAACCGAGUACGAGUGGAUAUAACAAAUCAGCAAAUGAGAAGAAAGGCAAAAAUGGAAGUCCAGUUAAGAACAUAAAGUGGGAUAAAAAUAUAUUGGAGUGCUUGGAAUCAAACACGGUUUCAAGUAAUGUAUCGCAAAACAAGGAGGAGAGGAAACGAGUUUCACCCAGUAAGAUGGACGGACCAUCGAAAACAGGGAAGACAGAUGAUGAUACUAGUGUUUCUGAGAGCCCAGGUGGCUCCUCUUUCAAAAGCAACAGCAGCAAAAACACUCCUGAAAAAAUUGUCAAAAAUGCAAAUACCACUAGCAGCUCGCGAUUACCGAGGUUUGGCUUUAAUGGUUCGCCGAAGGACCUGGUACAAGCAUCGGGCUCAGUGUUGAGCAAAGCGUCGAUGUUCGAAGCCAAGAAUACGGAUGCAAAAGCGAAGGAUCCCGUUCAAAUGACGAUCGCCGAGAGAAUGGCUCUCUUUGAGCGAAACAAGGGAGAGGCUCCUUUGAUACCGAAAGCACCGCUCACGAUGUCGAUACCGCCGAAGAAGCUGCAGGAGAAGGACAAACUUGGUGUACAACCGGGACCUAACGUAGAUUCAUCUCCCGGCAAUCGAAACGCCGACAUUCCCGGCAAAUCGGUUAGCACGCAACGUGCGAUAUUCGAGCAGAAUAAGCACAAGACAGACGAGAUGGAAAAUCAGAUUUUACAAGCUACCCAGGCCGAGAGACGGCGCGAGUUGGAUAUGCUGCGUUCGCGUUUCAACGAGAACAGGGAGUUCGCCCGCAAUGCCGUCAGGUGCGGCAUUCGCACGAGCGAAAGCAGCGAGGGAGGCGGCAAGUCUUCCUCGCCGAAGAGUUCCCCCGUGUGCCCGGUUAAACCGACUCCUGCUCCGGAUCACGCUGCCGUGCCACCACCACCACUACCGCCGCCGUUACCGCAGCCUCAGAUAAUAUCAUACAUCACUAAAUCUUCCCCGGUAAAAAGGCAAGUAGUUGGAAGCCCACCCAAGGUUCAACACAUAAACGUGGUGCCCGACGUUAAGCGCAUUCGCGUGGCUCCACCGAAACCGAAAUCGCUGUAUCCCAAUUUGGAGAACAUCGAGCUCACCACGGAGAGUGACACUGAAUCGACAUAUGACACAAGUGAGCCUGCAACGGCCACUCUCGACGAGAAAAGUGAAACCGACACCGCAACGAGCGAUUACGAGGAUCAAGAUGAGGAGACUGCCGAGAGUGAGCGGACCAACGAUCCCACGAACACGAGCUUCGGGCGCAGUAUUUUGCACGAAUUCAACGAACGUUCAUUGUUUAAUAAAACCCACAAGAAGAGGUCCAUUGAACCGGACCCAGACAGUACUAUGUCAGAUCUCUCGGUGCUCAACGAGAUGGAUCAGUACUUGGAGGAAUGCCUCGAGGCGGAGGAUUCUGACGUGAAUGUGAGAGAGGAAGGUCCGACGCCACCGAAAGUAAAUAGGGGCAAGAGUCCGUCACGGGUGUCCAGCAGUUUCAACUAUCACUCGUUCCGUUCGCCCUUGAAAGUAAUUUCACCGACGGAUAAAACGAAGCCGUAUAUAGACGAGGGUGGCAGUCGCGUGCCGCUGAUGCGAACGGUCAGUGCGUACAGGCGACAGCAAUCUGAGUUGGCCAAAACACCUCAACGCCCAGCUGCGAAAUCGGAGAGAUCAGGCGCGCCUUCCGGCGCGGAAAGAUCGCAGCGUGUAAACGAGGCGAUGUUGGUGGAGAAGAAAGUGAAAGAACUGCUGGACGAGGUUUGCACACAGCAGAAGAAGAUCGAAGGGGCCAGUAAAGCGUUGAACCUGUGCCAGUCUACUGUAGAGUUUAACGGUUCCAGCGAGCAUGUCGGCGGGGAAUGGGCUCUGCUCGUUGCGACUCAUAAACGCCUAGCCGCGUUGAAUGAAGUGCAAAGGCUGAAGCGGGAAGGCACAUUGAGACCCGUCGCAGCAGGUUCACCGGAGAUACAAGGGAGCGGAUCUUUAACUAUUUCGGCUAUCACAUUACCAUUGAAGCCGGAAUUCUUCCGGAACAUGGGCAACAAUGCGUAUCUACAUUGUGUCUGUUUAAUGCGACACUUGGGGGAAGUGGUCGCUACCCAAACGGCUACCGCCGCUGAACCCGACGACUCGUGCCUUCGUUUCCCGUCGACGUUGAAGUUUGACGAGUUGUACAGCGAUUUCAGGAUCGCCGUCGAGGUAUAUUCCCUGCAGACGCAGCCGAAGUAUUUGCCGCACGAGAGGAAAUAUCAUAUCAAUCAUACUGGAACGAAGGCGGUAAACAAGACCCCGAAGAAGAAGAGUCAAUUCGUAAUGCCAAGCAUACAGAGCCCAGCGGGACCAGGAGCAGUCAGAUCGCCUGCCUUUCAACUCUGUGGCACUGUUAGCAUCACGCUGAACGACAUACAUCGCAAGCAAUUUAACUUACUCGGAAUCUCGUCGCAAUCUCCCUUGGAAGGAUACCUGCGAAUGCACAUGUCGCACAAAAUCUCGGUAUCGGUGGAGCAUCGCGGAUUCUUAACGGUGUUCGAGGAUAUAUCGGGUCUCGGUGCCUGGGAUCGGAGGUGGUGCUUGCUCAGAGACGCCAAGCUCUUCUUCUGGCUACAUCCUGAAGAUGAGCACAAGAAAAGUCCGAUAGGGAGUCUCGAUCUGGAAGGUAUAUUCACAAAGAAUGUACAAUUCGUGAAUCGAGAGAAAUGUGCUCGUCCCUUCACGUUUCUACUCGAGGCGGCCAGACCCGCGCAACCCGGCGACGCUAAUAACCUCAUUAUGAAGACCGAUGGGCAUGAGACUGUAUUAGAGCACUUUAUGUUAGCUGACACGAGAGAGGAAGGACUGCAAUGGCUGUCGAAAUUGAACAAGACUUUCAGCCUGAUCAGAGCUUGGGGACCAUACAGAAGUUAGCGGCCCGAUAAGAAAAACACGAACUUCUGUGUAUCGCGCAACGUACUGAGGUACGUUUCACUAUAAUACGUUUUGAGUUAGGGAUUGUACAUUACGCAUAUAUGCCGUAUAAUGCAAUAUAGACUAAAAAUGCUUUGUUUAACAUGCUUAGCGAGUAAAAUCCGAUCGAUUAAAUUGUGCCAUUAAAACGUAUUAUUUUCACUUAAUCGUACAUGAUGAAUAAGUGUGCGAAAAGAAACAAAAAAAGGGGGGGGGGGAGGUACGAAAUGCGUUCGAAUAGAAUUUUCACCGGCAAAAUGCGUCUAACACUUUUCCAGACGAUAAUGAAUUUUUUAACAAUACGAGCAAUUAAUUUGAUUUGAUCGUAACGGUGAUUGCAACAGAGGAGGGUUAUUUGCGGAUAUCGACGAACGUCAAUCUUGUUCUUUAAUUGUUUGCUGACAGUAAAAAUUCAAUGUUAAUAAUAAGUUCACAAGUUUUUUUGUAAUAUUUACCCGCAAAAUCUUUUUAUUAAAAUAACAAUUCAUAUACGUGUACAGGUAUACGCGUAUUGAAUAUAAAACGUUAGAGCUUCAUAAUUUUCGAAUUGCACAAAAUUGUGGUUGGUGGAGGGAGGAGUGAUUAAUCGAAUUCAUUGAAACGGAGGAGGAUAUUUGGUAUUUAGUACAAAUAACUUCCCGUGUAAUUGUGAGACACCGCGUUAGGUGCGGUGUUGUGUUUAAUCGUGAUCAGUAUCCUGAAUAUUCAUACAUAUUUACUAGGUAAUCGCGCGUGUUUCAAUAUUAGGGGACGAUUUCGAAGUAAUAUUAUGGAUUAAAGAGAUUGUAAAUAUAGAAUAAAUGUAGAAGAUCAGUUUUUACGAAUUAUCAAGAGAUAUUUAUACAUAUAUGUUUAGAACUGCGAAAAUCCGUAUGGAUCGAUCCGUGUGAAUACGUGAUCCAGCUCGUAAUUAAUAUAUAUGUAUUCACUGGUACUCUCCUAGCGUCUAAUUAUAACUUUUAUAGCUAUACUUUUUGUAUAUCAUAUUAAACGAG